GUCCCACUCGUGCAACACAACACGCCGCGCCGCGCCGCCCGGGAUCCCAUCGCCAAAUCUCCGUCCCCAUCCCUCCCGAACCCACCGCCGUCCAUGGCGUCCUCGCCCUCCGCCGCCGUCCACUGCGCGAGAAGUACCCUGUCGCCGCCCUCCUCCCACCCGCGCCGCGCGCCGGCACCCGCUUCACUCGUCCGCGCUGUGGCGCCGCGGCGGCGGCAGCGGAGGGGCGCCGCGGUGGUGGCGGCGGCGCUGGGGGACAUGCGCCCGGCGAUCGACGAGAACCCGGAGGGCGUGCUGUCGGGCGAGUGGCCCGACAACUUCUCCCUCGUCAGCUACGAGGACCUCCGCAAGUACCUCGAGUCCCAGAUCGUCUCCACCGACAAGAUGAGCCCCACGGCGAAGCUCAGCGAGGUCAUGUCGCGCCCGGUGGAGGUGGCCAUGGCGGACCAGAGGCUGGCCGAGAUCGACGCGCUCUUCGCCACGCAGUCCGGACUGCCCGUGCUCGACGGCGAGGGCAGGUGCAUCGGGGUCGUCUCCAAGAAAGACAAGGCCAAGGCAUCCAACGGGUUGGACUCGACCGUUGCAGAAGUCAUGUCAUCUCCUGCGAUAACUCUGACGCUUGACAAGACUGUCUUGGAAGCUGCCGCACUAAUGCUGAAGCAUAAAGUUCACAGGAUUCCAGUUGUGAAUGAACAGCUGCAAGUGAUUGGGAUCGUGACGCGCACAGACGUGUUCCAGGCUUUGGAGGAGGCCAACAAGGCCUAAGAUCCUCCCUGUUCCCUGCAGGCCAUCCAUCCUCAUCCCUGUACAUUUCGACGGCGCGGCGGGGUGCCACUCCUGUACAUGAAUAAUCCUAGCGGUGUAAUAUGGACAUAUAUACUGAGGCCUUCCUGUAUAUAUGGCGGGCGAGGGCUCGGUAUAGUGGUAUACCAUGUUUCUGUCUGUAUGAGUUUUAUGCUGUGUUGUGGAUCCGUGAGAUCUUGAGUAGUCGUUUAAUUUAGCAUGGCUGUCCUUUGCUCUGUUUUGUCAUGAACUUGUGAGAUAUUCUUUCAGUUAACUGCAUUACCUAUCUCUUUUGCUA